AUGGAGCUGUCGGCGUACGCGCAGGGCGGGUGGCGGCUGCUGGGCGACCCCCGCCGCUUCCCCCGCCGUCCUUACGCCGCUCUCCUCCGCGCCGCUUUCCGCAGCCUCCUCGAUCACCCCCAUGCCGGUUUGGGUAAGGCUAAUUCAUUUAUUUUAGACGAUCCAGACCUGAAAGAUAUUGACCCUACGGUGUUAAAACAUUGCCAUGCUGCGGCUGCGACGUGUAUUCUGGAGGCAGGAAAGCAGAAAGCCGACAUAUCUGCUAUAAGCACGUGUCUAGAAGACUGUAAACUGGAUAAAGAGCGAAUAGAACAAUUUUGCACCGAAUAUCAGAAAAACAAGGAUGCAUUGGAAAUCCUAUUGGGAAGCAUAGGCAGAUCUCCUCUCCAUAUAACUGAUGUGUCUUGGCGCUUGGAAUAUCAGAUCAAGAGCAAUCAGCUUCAUAAAACUUACCAGCCUUCCUACUUGGUGACCUUAAAUGUAGAGAACAGUGAUUCAGGAGCACACCCAGAUGUUAGUUUUAGUUGCACGAUGGAGCAACUACAGGAUUUAGUUGGAAAGCUAAAAGAUGCUGCAAAAAGUCUAGAAAGAGCGACUCAGAUGUGAUUGAAGGAAGGUGUCAGCCUGCUGAGCUGAAGUACUCUCAUUCCUAAGCCGGUCUUCUAAAUGACAAAUGUCUUUCAUCUCUUGAUGCAAAGUGUUCUCUUUUUUUUUUUUUUUUUUUUUUUAAGUCCUGGGGUGUGAUUUAAGUGAAAUAACUGUUUUUUGACCACACUCGCUAUUCCUUGCUCGUGUUGGUUUUUUUUUUAAUUAACUCUUGUUAAGUAUUUGCUUAACUGUCAUGUCUUCAAAGCAUUCUUUCUAUUUUAUUUUGUGCAUUUUUAGAAUUGUCACUGAUUAUUUUUCUCUGAGAUCUAAUAAAGUUUAUUCGCGCCUGUUCUGCAA